AUGUCGUCCGCCCAAAAGCGAAUAAGCAAGGAGUUCCAAGAAUGCACCACCUCCCCGCCCCCCGGCAUGACCAUAACCCUCCCCUCAGAGACGGACCUCCACAAGUGGUCAAUCCAGCUCACAGGCCCUCCCAACACCCCCUACGCCAACGGCGUCUUCAACCUAACCCUGUCCCUCCCCACGGAAUACCCCUUCAAAGCGCCCGCCGUCAACUUCGCGACGCGCAUCUGGCACCCCAACGUGACCAACGACGCAACCGGCAACAUCUGCCUCUCAGUCCUGAAGCCCGAGAACUGGAAGCCCGCCAGUCGUGUAAAGGGCGUGCUCGAGGCCGUGCGCCAGCUGCUCGUCGAGCCGAACCCCGACGACCCGCUCGAGGCCCGCAUCGCGGACGAGUUCAGGACCGACAGGGCUGAGUUCGAUAAGAAUGCCCGGAGCUAUGUUGCGCAGUAUGCCAAGGCUGGCAAGUGA